UUUCCAUUUUUGUUCAUUUAUCAUUUUCCCCUUCUUGUAAUGGAUGAGAGUUCCAACUCAAAACCUCUCUCUUAUGCUUAUUAUCCACUCUCUGAACCUCAAUAGCUCUAUAGCGCAUUAAAGACCAUUCUCUAUCCCCAUACCCCCCCUUUAUCUCUUUUUGUUCAAUCAUCCAAGUCCUAUAAAUUUCCCUGCUUUUGUUCUUUGUGCCAGGAACUCAAACGAGUAGAAAAUGUCACCAAGAUACAAUCGUGGAAAGGCCAAGGGAGAGAAGAAGAAAAAAGAAGAGAAGGUUCUUCCGGUUGUCAUAGAUAUCACUGUGAACCUUCCUGAUGAAACUCGUGUUGUUCUUAAGGGAAUAUCAACGGAUAGAAUAAUAGAUGUUCGUCGGCUUUUGUCGGUGAAUACGGAGACGUGUUAUGUGACAAAUUUUUCACUAUCGCAUGAGGUAAGAGGGCCACGUUUGAAGGACAUGGUGGAUGUGUACGCACUGAAGCCUUGCAUCCUCACUUUGUUUGAAGAGGAUUACGAUGAAGAUCAAGCAGUGGCACACGUGCGUAGACUCCUCGACAUCGUCGCCUGCACCACCAGCUUUGGUCCGUCGUCUCCGCAGCCGGCUGCGGCGGCGGCGUCCAAGUCUGGAGCUCCGCCGGCCAAGCAAACGCCGAAAGAUGCGGCGGAGGGAGAUGGCGAGAUAAGCCACUCGUGCCCUAAACUGGGGAGUUUUUACGAAUUUUUCUCUCUCUCUCAUCUCACUGCUCCUCUCCAAUAUAUAAAAAGAGCUUCGAGGCGCCACGUGGACGAGAUAUCGGAGGCGGAUUAUCUCUUCUCGCUCGAUGUGAAACUGUAUAACGGGAAAGUGGUGCACGUUGAGGCUAGCAGAAAAGGGUUUUACAGUGUUGGGAAACAACGGAUUCUGUGUCAUAAUCUUGUUGAUUUGUUGAGACAACUUAGCAGAGCUUUUGACAGUGCUUACGAUGAUCUCAUUAAGGCAUUUUCAGAACGUAACAAGUUUGGGAAUCUCCCCUAUGGCUUCCGAGCCAACACAUGGCUUGUUCCUCCUGUUGCAGCACAAUCACCUUCGUCUUUUCCUCCUCUUCCUGUGGAGGAUGAAACUUGGGGAGGAAAUGGUGGUGGUCUUGGAAGAGACAGAAAAUGUGAUUUGAUUCCUUGGGCUAAUGAUUUUUCAUUUAUUGCAUCUAUGCCUUGCAAGACAGCAGAAGAAAGGCAGGUUCGUGAUAGAAAAGCAUUUCUUUUGCACAGCCUGUUUGUUGAUGUUGCCUUUUUCAGAGCAAUCAGAGCUGUUAAACAUGUAAUGGAAGAGCCCAAUUUUAGGUGCUCAGUUGCAGCAAAUGACAUUACUGAGAGAGUAGGUGACUUGAGUAUCAGAGUCUUGAAAGAUGGUUCUGUUGCGAGCUGUAAGAUUGAUACUAAAAUUGAUGGAGUUGAAGCUACUGGAGUAAAUCAAAAGGAUCUAGUAGAACGAAAUCUACUGAAAGGAAUCACUGCUGAUGAGAAUACCGCUGCCCAUGAUAUUACCACUUUAGGUGUUGUCAAUAUAAGAUAUUGCGGUUAUGUGAUUGUUGUGAAAGUUGAGGGUGGAGAUAACCAGAAUGUCAACUCUCCAUCUCAUCAAAGUAUUGAAUUGCUUGACCAGGCAGAGGGUGGUGCCAACGCACUCAACAUUAACAGUUUGAGAUUACUUCUUCACCACACUACCCAACCAGAGAACAAUAAACAGAUGACUCAGAUGGAAACUCUUGAGAGUGAAGAGCUUGGUGCUUCCCAUGCUUUUGUGGAGACGCUGAUUAAAGAAAGCCUUGCUAAGCUUGAGGAAGAGGAACUGGGAUUGGACAAUUUUGUAAGAUGGGAACUUGGAGCCUGCUGGAUACAACAUUUGCAAGACCAAAACAAUACAGAGAAAGAUAAGAAACCGUCUUUGGAGAAGGCUAAGAAUGAAAUGAAGGUCGAGGGUCUUGGGAAACCCCUUAAAGCCCUCAAGAAUAAUAAAAACAAAUCUGAUCCAAGCAGUCCUAAUUUGGCAUCUGAAUAUUCAAAAUCUAAUGGGAAGGCUGAAAGUGCUCCAUUACUGUCAAUUGUAUCCCAGCAUGAAACUACAGCAGCUGAGAAUGAGCUUGUGCUGAAGGGGAUGCUAUCUGAAGCUUCUUUUAGCCGAUUAAAAGAAUCAGGAACUGGACUUCACUGCAAGUCUAUGCAAGAUUUGGUUGACUUAUCUCGGAAAUAUUACACGGAUGUUGCUCUACCAAAACUGGUAGCAGAUUUUGGCUCAUUGGAACUCUCUCCAGUUGAUGGCCGCACACUAACUGAUUUUAUGCAUACUAGGGGUCUACGAAUGCGUUCUCUUGGACAUGUUGUCAAGCUUUCAGAAAAACUUUCACAUGUGCAAUCACUUUGUAUUCAUGAGAUGAUAGUUCGAGCUUUCAAGCACAUCCUGCAGGCAGUCAUUUCUGCUGCUGUUGACAAGGAGAAAAUGGCUUCAGCAAUAGCUGGUGCAUUGAAUUUGCUGCUUGGUGUUCCUGAAAAUAGAGAAUCAGAUAAAUCAUGCAAAGUUCACCCCCUUGUCUGGAAAUGGCUAGAGUUGUUUUUGAAGAAACGUUUUGAUUGGGAUUUUAACAGCUUGAAUUACAAAGAUGUGAGGAAAUUUGCAAUUUUACGUGGCUUGUGUCACAAGGUGGGAAUUGAGCUUGUUCCAAGGGAUUUUGAUAUGGAUUCUCCAAUUCCCUUCCACAAAUCUGAUAUUGUUAGCUUGGUCCCAGUUCACAAGCAAGCAGCAUGCUCAUCUGCAGAUGGAAGGCAGCUGCUAGAGUCAUCCAAAACAGCUUUAGAUAAGGGAAAACUUGAGGAUGCAGUUACCUAUGGGACAAAGGCUCUAGCCAAGCUGGUAGCAGUGUGUGGUCCCUACCAUCGGAUGACAGCAGGGGCAUACAGCCUCCUUGCUGUAGUUUUAUAUCAUACUGGAGACUUCAAUCAGGCUACAAUUUACCAACAAAAAGCUUUGGAUAUCAAUGAGAGAGAGUUAGGUCUGGAUCAUCCUGAUACCAUGAAGAGCUAUGGGGAUCUUGCAGUAUUCUAUUACAGACUUCAACACACAGAGCUGGCUCUGAAGUAUGUAAAGCGUGCUCUAUAUCUUCUGCAUCUGACAUGUGGCCCAUCUCAUCCAAACACUGCUGCAACUUACAUUAAUGUGGCUAUGAUGGAGGAAGGUCUCGGAAAUGUACAUGUUGCUCUCAGAUACCUUCACAAAGCUUUAAAGUGCAACCAAAGAUUACUUGGUGCAGAUCAUAUUCAGACUGCUGCAAGUUAUCAUGCAAUAGCAAUAGCACUCUCAUUGAUGGAAGCAUAUCCGUUGAGCGUGCAGCAUGAGCAAACAACUUUGCAAAUUCUGCGGGCAAAACUUGGCCCUGAUGACUUGCGUACACAGGACGCUGCAGCUUGGCUUGAGUAUUUUGAGUCCAAGGCUUUUGAACAGCAAGAAGCUGCUCGAAAUGGUACUCGAAAACCUGAUGCAUCCAUAGCUAGCAAAGGCCAUCUAAGUGUGUCGGAUCUGCUUGACUACAUUAAUCCUAAUGACCAUACCAAAGAAAGAGAUGUGGCUGCAAAGAGAAGAAGCCAGAUAACAAAGGUGAUGGCAACAAGUUCUGAUGAGUCUUCAAGAGAAGUUCCAAAAGAGGGUUCAGAUGAGGAGAUACUUAUAAGUGAACCAGGAGGUAGUGCAGAUUCUGAGCAGGAGAGCAACUCUAUGCCUGAUUCAGAACAUCCUAUUUUAGAAAAGAUCUCAGAUGAAAAGCCACCAAUUUCUGGUGAAAACUUGUCAGAAGCACAUGCUGACGGAGAGGAUGGAUGGCAACCAGUUCAAAGACCAAGAUCAGUUGGCUCAUAUGGCCGGCGACUGAAGCAGAGACGGGCAACACUUGGGAAAGUUUAUAGUUAUCAGAAGAAUGUGGAAGUUGGUACAGAAUAUCCUCUGGAAAGGAGUGCUAAUCAGAAUAGUAGGUAUUAUUUCUUGAAGAAGCGAACAACAUCCAAUGGGGGUUAUACAGAUAAUCAUACUGUAAACAUCACCCAAGGCACUAAAUUUGGAAGGAAAAUAGUCAAAGCUGUUACAUACAGGGUCAAGUCCAUGCCCUCGGCUUCAAAGUCUGCCGCAAAGGAGACAUUAGAAAUUGGUGACAAGCUAUGCAGUUCUCAUUCAGAACCUGAUUCAAAUUCAUCUCCAAAAGAUGUUAAUCCAGUUAAGACUUCUAUAGUUAGUCUUGGAAAAUCUCCUUCAUACAAGGAAGUAGCCUUGGCUCCUCCAGGGUCAAUUUCAAAAUUACAAGUCUAUAAUCCUCGAAGCGAGAUUCCUGUUACCUGUGAACGUGAUGUUGGCAAGCAUGAAGAGAAAGAUUUUCAGGCUGAUAGAAACGUUAAUCCAAACCCGAAGGAGUUAAUUGGUGUGUUUAAAGAGAAGCAUGACGAUUCUUUAUCAGAUUCUGUAGAUGAUUCCCAAGACGAUACUGGAGUUGCUAAUGACAAGAGAGAGGAAACUCAGUUGAUUGAUGGUGUUCAAGAUAAUUGUGCAAGUGCUGAGGGGCUUGAAUCUGGGGAUGUUGAGGUUCAAGGAGCAGUUGAUAACACCAUAAUGAUUGAUGCCGUGGAGGAUCCUGUGGAUUCUUACAAACAAGAACUUGAUGCAAGUAAUUCACCUGGCAGUUUUGAAACUCAGUUGAUUGAUGCUGUGCAAGUUAAUUGUGCGAGUGCUGGGGGGCUUGAAUCUGGGGAUGUUGGGGCUCAAGGAACAGUUGAGAACACCAUGGUGAUUGAGGAUCCUGGGGCUUCUUACAAACAAGAACUUGAUGCAGGUAAUUCAUCUGGCAGUUUUGAACCAAGUGAAAAUACAAAUUCCAUUUCGCAGGGUGGUGAGGAUUUAAGGGGCAAUAUAUCUCCGUCAAGUCAGAGUCAUGCUGGGGGCAUCCCUUUAAAGAAAUUGUCUGCAUCUGCGGUUCCAUUCAACCCAUCACCUGCCAUUGCACGUGCUGCACCAAUUUCCAUGAACACAACUCUUCCUUCUGGUCCUGGUGCUGUUCCAGCUAUUGGCCACUGGCCUGUAAACAUGAAUGUUCACCCUGGACCUGCUACUAUGCUACCUGCAGUUACCCCAGUGUGUUCCUCUCCUCACCAUGCAUAUCAAUCACCUCCAACAACACCAAACAUGAUACAACCAUUGCCAUUCAUUUAUCCUCCUUAUACUCAACCUCAAUCAGUACCAACCAGCAACUUUCCAGUCACUAGCAGUGCUUUUCAUGCCAAUCAUUUUACAUGGCCAUGUAAUUUGAACCCCACUGUAUCUAAGUUUGGUCCCAGUGUUGUUUGGCCUGGCUGUCAUCCUGUGGAAUUUCCUCUUCCGGUACCUAUUGUUGAACCAACCCAUGAUCUCAUUUCAGAGCUACCAGUGCAGUGUCAUGGAGCUGAAAGUCCUAGUUCAUCUUCAGUUCUUCCUGAGGACAUUGAUAAUGUUGAGGAAUCCAAUAAAGAGGUAAAAGCUUUAGCAUCAGAGACAAGUAAAGAUGAAGUGGUGACUGUUGGUUCAGAAAGUAUAAAAGAAAAUGGUAAUCCAAAUUUUCAGGGUACUGAUAAUACUGAGAACAAACCAAAUCAAAACAUUGGCUCAAACAGCAACACAAGUGGUAGUGAAAUGAACAUGGACAGUGAGAAAACCUUCAGCAUUUUGAUUCGGGGAAGAAGAAAUCGGAAGCAGACUCUGAGAAUGCCAAUAAGUUUGCUUACUCGUCCUCAAGGCUCUCAGUCAUUUAAAGUUAUUUAUAACCGUGUAGUUAGAGGAAGUGAUGCUCCCAAGUCUAUCAAUUUCUCUUCAAGUAAAGAUUGCACAGCUACUGCUUAACCCAAAGUUCUUCGCCGUUACUAAUGAAAUGUAGCAGUAUUAUUGUGGAUAAAGAAGAUAAAGACCUCAUAAUUUCACAUAAAGGAGACGUGUUAUUUUAAUCAUUUCUGGAAUUCAAUUACGAAUUGCCCUGCCUUAUCAGCUUCAGUUCUAUAGCUGCGUUGUCUUAUAGGAGGUUUCUGAUAUCUCUAUUUAAGAUGGAGGAUUGGAGGUUUCUCUUCAAUUUAAGUCUGCAGGUUCAUCGCAGUCAGUUUUGGGUUUUCGGAGGCACCUUCAAGGUGAAAAUUUUGGUUCUUUAUGUAGUUAGACAAUUUUGACAUAAUGAAUUACGGAAUUGAAAGACCGUUUCUAAUUAUUAUUAUUAUUUGUUACCCCAUUGUCAAUUUGUCAAUGAUUUUGAUAAUUAAUUUGGUUCAAUUGUAUAUACUUUCUUAAUAUCUGGUUAGAUAAUAGUGGUUCGUUUUUGUCGGUUGACUUGUUAUUGAAUUGUUGCAACUGAUAUCA